AUGGGAUGUUGCAAUUUGUUCAGGUUUUCCCGCCGAAAGGAUCGAGAGAAGCCUGGGACACCGGCACUACAAGUCGCUGUGGCCACCAGUGACGACUUCCAGGAGAAGCGGAGCGAGGAGGGGCCGAAAACCUCCUCCACGACAGAUCUACAGUCAACGAGCACCAGCACCCCAGAACUGGUAGCGGAGAGCUUACCCGGACGUCUAUGGAACCUGGCAUACGACCAGCUCAAAUCAAAGGACCCGAAAUUGAUCGAACACUAUGAGAGCAUCCUAUCAAGCCAAAUCGAUGGACAAGAGCUUAAGGCCGUGAACCUCGAUACACAGAUCAACAAGAUCAGCCUAGGGCAGCCAAGAUCACUGCAGAUGCGACAGCUCGUUGACUCUGGAUUGCUCAGGACGGAGAAGGCAGCUGCGACUAACGAAGCACUCGCGCAAGGCCUGCAGGUGUUCAAUGUCGUCAAGGAUAGCGUCGCAACAGCUACCAGAGCUUCUCCAGAAGCCUCCAUAGCUUGGGUACCGAUCUGCCUUGCUCUUGAUAUACUUAUGAAUCCACUCACCCAACAGUCUUCUAAUAGAGAUGGAAUUGCUUACGUCAUAUCGAGGAUGGAUUGGUACUGGCACCUAGCUGAUCUUCUCCUAGAGAGAAAUCAAGAAGCCCGACGAUCGCAGUCGCUGCAAGAUCAACUCGAGAAGAAUCUCGUCGACCUUUACACUCGUCUUCUGGCAUACCAGAUCAAAAGUAUCAUUACAUAUCAUCGCAAACGUGGCACUGUUUUUGCAAGAGACCUUGUCAAGUGGGAUGAUUGGGAAGGUGAGCUGGCUGCGAUCAAGGAGAUGGAAGAGUCGAUACGCCAAGAUGCAGCUCAAUUCAGCACGCAUGAAAUCCGCAACGAACUCCAAGCUAUUGCGAAGAAAGCCAAGUCACAGGACAUCAGCCUGCAUAACAUUGUGACGAGUAUCCAGGAACAAACGGCGCACUCUCUGGCGUAUACGAAGACUGCCGACGACAAUAAGUGUCUCCAACACCUGUUCCUGACGAACCCCAGCCACGAUAAAGAACGGCUCGAACAUGCAAAGGGAGGAUUAUUGGAUGGCUCUUUUCGGUGGAUGCUUGACAACGCGGAUUAUCGGCGUUGGCGGGAUGACCGUGAAGGACGAUUACUCUGGGUUGAAGGUUCACCCGGUCAAGGCAAAACCAUGCUUAUGUGCGGCAUCAUUGACGCACUCGAACAAACCGUGGCGGCGGGUGAUCUCAUAUCUUACUUCUUCUGCCAGACAUCAGAACCGCGCAACAACAACGCAACGGCAGUCUUACGGGGUCUCAUCCAUCAUCUGAUUGGUCAACAGCCCUCACUUGUACGCUAUGUACGACUUGAGUAUGAUCGCGUGGGCGAAAAGUUAUUUAACGACGCAAACACAUGGACGGCUCUAUCCAAGAUCAUUACCAGUAUGCUGGAUGACUCAUAUAUACGGCAAAGGAACAUCGACCUCAUCAUAGACGCUAUGGACGAAUGCAUCGACCCGGACGAUCGUAGAAGACUCUUGGAACUGAUUGUACAGAUCUCAAGAAAGCUUUCACACACCAAGUGGAUAAUCUCAUCACGCGGCUGGAACGAUAUUCGCGAUAUGCUUACUGGGCAUCCCCAAAUGCUUCAUCUUCAACUCGACCCCCAAUCCGAAGCUAUUCUUGAUGCGGUCGAUACUUACAUCGAACACAAAGUCAAAGCGUUGACUGAUAAGAAGAGAUUGGGUCCAUCGGAUGCCGAGACGAUCCGCGACUACCUGAAGAAGAACGCCGGAGGGACCUUCUUAUGGGUAGCGUUAGUCUGCAAGAGGUUGGAGUUCUCGAAACGCGUGUUCUACGAAAAGGACAUGCAGGCCUUCCCUCCUGGGCUCGAACAACUGUAUGGGAGGAUGCUCCAGCAAGUUCAGAGCUUAGAUGAGCCGGAAUCGAAGCUUUACAAGUUUGUGCUCGGGGUCGUGCUAACAUCACCAAGACCUCUUGAGGCAUUCGAAUUGGCCUAUUUAGUGAAAGAGUUAGACAAGGUUGAUGAUAAAGUAGGAAUGAUGCGAGACAUCAUUCGAGAAUGUGGGUCAUUCCUCUCAGAGCAAUAUGGCGUAGUCCUCUUUGUCCACCAAUCCGCUAAAGACUACCUGCUGGGCCCUGGCAAAAGUGCUGUGUGCCCGGACGGAGAGAAAGCGUUGCGUCAUGAUACGCUCUACAGAUCGAUUGAUGUUUUGAUAACCUUUAUAGAAGAAGAACCGAUCUUGGAGGCAUCUGAUCGACAGCGUUAUUUGCAUUACUGGCAGAUGUGUCUCAGGGACGGGCACACACUGAAAGGAGCCUACGUACCUGAAGAGGCUCUUGAAGAUUUGGGUGUCCCUCUCGUUUUUCUCAUCGAACAGUGCUUCACGUGGAUCGACAUGUUGUACGGUCCAGAGGUCUGGGAGGAAUUGAAGUUCCUCAACUAUUUUAUUAGGCAGCUCAGAGCUCUAUUGGAGCCCGACACAUCUACUCAGUCCGUUGAACAACCCGAAUCUAUUACCAACGACGAAAAGUCUGGAAUCGAGCGCCACGAACCUCACGAAUUAGAGAAUGAAGCAAGCGACGAACAAGCACCCAAGCAGAGACCUGGACGACUGACCGAGGAGCAACGGCUGGCUGUGAGGAUUCGUCAAGCCAAGACAACGUGCACCCGUUGCCGUAAGAGGAAGACACGAUGCAGUGGUGAUCCUGGUGAUGGCUCUGGGUGUAAACACUGUCAGAUCUGUGGUGUUGGGGAGACGGAGUGCCGAUUUGGGAUUGUGGGAUCAAAAGCUGUGACGGAAGUGAAGGAUUAG